UUUCUAUAUGUUCUAUGAAUCGUGUUAAUACAAAUGAUAUAACCACGGCGCGGAAUGACCGUAUACAUAUGUAUAUUUAAUGUGUAAUAAUUUUGAUAUCCUUAAUAUAUAUAUUUUAGAGGAGUUUUGAGCAUAAUUUAGCAGGAUGCCGAAGAAGAAGACAGGACAAAGACGUAAAGCUGAGAAACAGAAGCUCAGGCAGAAGGAAAUUCGUACUGCGAAGGAACAACUGGAUCUUGCAAAGUUUCCUUGUAAUGCAGUGAUGGAAUGUGAUAAGUGCAACAAGAAACAAAAAAGUAGAGCCUUCUGUUAUUUCUGUCAAAGUGUACAGCGUCUACCAAUUUGUGCUCAUUGUGGGAAAGUUAAAUGCAUGCUGAAGACAGGAGAUUGUGUUGUGAGACAUGCUGGAGUUUUUACAACUGGUCUUGGUAUGGUGGGUGCCAUAUGUGAUCAUUGUGAAGCUUGGAUAUGUCAUGGUCGUAGAUGUUUGACAGGCCAUGCAUGUACCUGUCCUUUGAUGGAUGCAGUUUGUCAGGAAUGUGAACGAGGUGUUUGGGACCAUGGAGGAAGAAUAUUUAAAUGUUCCUUCUGUGAUUGUUUCCUUUGUGAAGAUGAUCAGUUUGAGCAUCAAGCUUCUUGUCAAGUAUUGGAAUCAGAGAGUUUCAAGUGCCAAUCAUGCAACAGACUUGGCCAGUAUUCCUGCCUACGUUGCAAGACAUGUUAUUGUGAAGAUCAUGUGCGUAGAAAGGGCUUCAAAUAUGAAAAAAAUAAACCUAUUCCAUGUCCUAAGUGUGGCUAUGAAACUUCUCAGACGAAGGAUCUCAGCAUGUCCAAAAUCACAAGUUUGGUAGACAAAAUCAAGGUGGUCCCUACGAAUCAGACGAAGAAACUGAUGGCUAUAGUUAUUAUGGUAAUGUGGGCAGUAGUUAUGGAGCAGAAGCGGCAGAUGAUGAUGACGACGACGAUGAAGAAGAGGAUGAGAGCUCUGACGAAGAAGAUGAGGAGAGUUCUACUGAAGAAAAAGAUAUUAAAACUUCAUAAAAGUUUAACACAAAAAAGUCCAGAUCACCAUUCUCACUGUUGGAUAUCAUUCAGGGAUAUUUGGUGUAAGGUUCUGUUUGAUGAAAUGUUGCAAAAAUAUAUAAAAAUGAACGGUAGAUAUAAGAGAGCUGCAUUAUCACUUUCUCCAUGAAAUUUUAUACUUCGUACACAAUGAAAACUUAAAAAACGAUUGACACGUUUAAAAUGUUCUUGUUGAAUCACACGCGAGACGUGGUAUACUCUGCUGGAAAGGAGAAAGUAUGUGAGCCAUGAGCACUGACACUUGGUAGAAAUCCUGCAUUGGGAAUUAUGUUCCAAGAGAGUGUUAACGUCACAUUUUUAUUCCCCCUAAAAAA